AUGCAAGAUAAUCUAGAGGGCAAAAAGAAGCUUCCAAGACCGGAUCUACGUGUUCCAAAUCCACUAUUACGGACACCAGAAACUCUGACUAAUUUGCGGUCACGAAUACUUAUAAUUGGAACUGUCUUGGGUCUUGGUAUUGGAAUUGGUGUUGUAUUUGUUUAUCCAUAUAUGAAUAUAGAAAAAUUUAAACGAAUUCAGAAAACUACACGUGCUGAGCUACCUCCUCAAGAAACUUUGCAACCUGCAGGAUUACCUGUUUGGAGAGAUCCCUUUGAUCGAAAAAGAACACAAGGCUAA